GCACUCCACUCUCUCUUUCACCCCUCGCACAAGCUCUGCAGCAGCGAAGGGCGGCAUAAGCGCCUUGUGACGACACCGUCGCCUGAAGUCACAUGUUCCGCUCCCUUGUGUCAAUGGUUCUAUCCCAUGGUCCGCUUCAAAAACCGAUGGUUCUUGGUUGAAUUCAUUCAUGCCGACAGCAAACCACCCACUUUGGUAUCGGAGAGAGUGGUUUUUCAGGCGUUAAAGGAGAGUGUGCAGACGAAUUUUGGGGAAUGGGGGGCAGGAUCGCUCGACAAAUUGUCUGUCAGGUACUACUCUCCUGUCACGAAUAUAUGUAUCAUUAGAGCACCGAGAGAACGAUACCGAUUGGCAUGGGGGGCUUUGACUCUCCUGAGUGCUCUCGAAGACGUGCGGUACAUACCACGCGUAAUCAAAGUCUCUGGUACUGUAAAGAAGCUGCAGUUAGCUGCCAUUCGACACAACCAUGAAGAGAUCUCUAAAAUCCGAACUCAUCCGAGGGGCCAGUUGACAGAAGCGGAGGCAAUAUCAUACCUGGCUCGAAGCCAAGAAGAGAUCGAGGGGUUGAAGGAAUACUAAAAUUAAAUGUUAUACGAAGAUAUGGUUAGAAGGGUUCAUUG